AUGGCCGCCGUGGAUGGCAGCAGAGACAUCAUAGAGGUCUCUGUUGGUGACCAAGGCCCGACUCUGCAAGCUCCAGAUUCGACUGCGCGCCUGUUUGGGGACAAUGUGGCGGGCAUCGACCAAGGCCCUGAGGCGGCCGCCUGGCUCUCCGGGGCCCUUGGCCGGCCCUGCCGCCUUCUGCGGCGCUUCGCCGGCUGCAAGCGCACCGCGGCGGGUGCACACUGGGCCGACAUCGCGCCGCUGUUGGUUGUGUCCACAGCAUCACUCCAGGCCUUGGCCGAAGGCACGGGCAAAGAAAUACCCGCGGACCGCUUUCGGCCGAACGUGAUUGUGGAAGGCCCCAUGGAGCCCCACGCGGAGGACACCUGGGAUGAGAUGCGCAUCGGCCCAUUACGUCUCCAACGUCUGGGCCCUUGCGCGCGCUGUGCCAUCGUCGAUGUGGCACAGGGCCAGGGAAAGCGCGACAACGCCGUGUACGGCGCACUGGUGCAGCACCGGGGUCAAGCCGUGUUUGGCCAGUACUACCGGCCCAUCUUGGCGGAGGGCGCGCCACCCUCCGAAAGGACGCUGGAGGCUGGGCACUUCGCCUUGGCUGCCUGGCUACGCGAGGAGUGCGGCGCGGCGCGCGCCGCGAGCUGCCCGGGGGCCCGGUCCACACGCACAGCCAUGCUGGACACAUUGCUUCUGUUGUCGUUGUACAUCUGGGAGGGAUGUAUGCAGGGCAUUGCCUUCGAGACCGUGCCCGCUUUGUUGAGGAAGAAUCCCUGGGCGGUCAGCAAUGGACAAAGUGACGACAAUGAGAGGAUCCUCAACUACUCCGAGAUCCCUUUCCAGAUCAAGUGGCUUCUUUGCUUUGUCGUUGAGUGCAAAGGGCCGGUGCGACAAUUUCACUCCCGUGAGUCGAAGUUGGUGGCUCUUCUCUUUGUGUCGGGUUGUGCCCUGCUCGCGUCUUCCAGCAGUAUGGUGGACAUGCUGAUGCUGCAGCCCCCUGCCAUCUGGUCCCUCGUGCCGCUGAUUGGGACACUCGCGGCCCUAACAGCUUUGGCCGACAUUCUCAUGGAUGGCUGGGGGGUACAGAGGCUGAGGCCCGACCACGCCUCCUUGUGCCAAAGUGUCGGCCUUGAGCUGGGCAUUCUUUUUGCCAGUGAGGUGUUCUUUCACCUCAAGGAUCCCGCGAGCAUGGAGCUUCUCUCCACCGUCUUCAAGGGCACGGGCAUGCUGUCCUUGGCCAUCGCCGGCGGCUUGUUCUUGCGAACUCCUGGACACGCAGCUCCUGCUUCCACACAGGGGCCUGGCGUCAUGCGCCAACUUCUCGGAGUUUUGUGGCAGGAUGCCAGAAUGCAGCACUACCUGUGGCUGCAACUGCUGCUGAAGUUGAUGGGUGGCCACGUGGACUUUCAACGACAGCGCUACGACGCGCUGGGCCUCACUCCGGAGAAGACUGCGCUGUACAACAUCUGGGCGAUGCCUGUCUCGUUCUGCACAGCUUGGCUUGCUGGAACGACUGGCUGGCCAGCCCGCCGCCUCCGACUGCUUUACAUCGGGCUUGCGAUCCUGAACUUGGCAUCCAUUUGGCAUUUGGGCUCUUGUCAGGCUUCCCCGCACGAUGCGCUUGAAACGGGCAGAUUGUACUGGGUGUUCGUGGGCUUGCAUUUUGUGCGAAAGUUGGUGGAGGACGCGGUUUUUGUCCUCGAGGUUGCCAUCAUCAACAUCUUUGGGGCAGGGCACCCUUUGAUUGCUGGUUCAAUCAUCUCUGUGCUGGCGAGUGCCUCAAACUUCUUUGGGUCAUUCCCAGAGCAGUGGAUGCCGACUGCGAUUGAGUCCUGGGGACUUGAGUGGACGAUUCUGAUACACACUGGCCUGGCACUUCUGGCAGCAGUACUUCUUGUCCCCUUCCUUGGGCGUCUUUGA